UCCCUUUCUGCUGCUUUGGGCUGGAUUCAGCCAACUGCGUUAGGUACGUGGUGAGGAGACAGCUAUUGAACUAUGGCAUUCAACAAGAUUUGGUGUACUGUAGCCCUUGGACUUCUGCUGCCUUUUUCUUAUGCCCAUACGGACUUCUUCACUUCCAUUGGUCAUAUGACAGACUUAAUUAAUACAGAAAAAGAUCUGGUGGUGUCACUGAAAGAUUACAUCAAGGCAGAGGAAAGCAAGCUGGAACAGAUCAAAAAGUGGGCAGAGAAAUUGGAUCAGCUGACAGAUACUGCUACGAAAGACCCGGAGGGGUUUUUGGGACAUCCUGUUAAUGCAUUUAAGUUGAUGAAACGUCUUAACACAGAGUGGGGUGAGCUGGAGAGCCUGGUUCUGAAGGACAUGUCAGAUGGCUUUAUCUCCAACAUGACUAUCCAGCGGCAGUUUUUCCCAAAUGAUGAAGAUCAGACUGGUGCAGCAAAAGCCCUCCUGCGGCUUCAAGACACGUAUAAUUUGGAUACAGACACCCUCUCAAGGGGGAAUCUUCCAGGCGUGAAGCACAAGUCCUUUUUAACAGCCGAAGAUUGCUUUGAACUGGGAAAGAUUGCCUACACUGAAGCUGACUACUACCACACCGAGCUCUGGAUGGAACAAGCUCUGAAACAGUUGGAUGAGGGAGAAGUGUCUUCUGCAGACAAAGUCUACAUUCUGGACUACCUGAGUUAUGCUGUGUAUCAGCAGGGGGAUCUGGGCAAAGCCAUGAUGCUCACCAAACGCCUUCUGGAACUGGAUCCUGAACAUCAAAGAGCAAAUGGGAACAUGAAAUAUUUUGAAUACAUCAUGGCUAAAGAAAAAGAAGCAAAUAAGUCCAGCACAGAUUCAAAAGACCAGAUGGAGAAGGAAACUGAGGUUAAGAAAAAGGAUUACCUGCCCGAGAGAAGGAAGUACGAAAUGCUGUGCCGUGGGGAGGGUCUCAAAAUGACCCCUCGGAGACAAAAAAGACUCUUCUGCCGCUACUAUGACGGAAACAGGAAUCCUAGGUACAUUCUGGGCCCUGUCAAACAGGAAGAUGAGUGGGACAAACCUCGAAUUGUUCGCUUCCUUGACAUCAUCUCCGACGAAGAGAUUGAAACUGUGAAAGAACUAGCAAAGCCAAGGCUGAGGCGAGCCACCAUUUCAAACCCCAUAACAGGAGCCUUGGAGACGGCACAUUACAGAAUUAGCAAAAGUGCUUGGUUGUCUGGCUACGAAAGCCCUGUGGUAUCUCGCAUUAACACACGGAUACAGGACCUAACAGGACUCGAUGUCUCCACAGCAGAGGAACUACAGGUAGCCAACUACGGAGUAGGAGGCCAGUAUGAGCCUCAUUUUGAUUUUGGAAGGAAAGAUGAGCCAGAUGCUUUUAAGGAAUUGGGAACAGGCAACAGAAUUGCGACUUGGUUGUUUUAUAUGAGCGAUGUGUCAGCAGGGGGAGCUACCGUCUUUCCUGAAGUAGGAGCUAGUGUUUGGCCUAAAAAGGGCACAGCUGUAUUCUGGUACAAUCUCUUUCCAAGCGGAGAAGGAGAUUACAGCACGCGGCAUGCAGCCUGCCCCGUACUAGUUGGAAACAAAUGGGUAUCCAAUAAAUGGCUCCACGAGCGGGGACAGGAAUUCCGAAGGCCGUGCACUUUAUCAGAGUUGGAAUGAUGCAGGCUCAUCCUCUGUCUCCUCUGUACUCAGUCUGUGUAAAAUGCACACAUCUCCUUACAGUUUACAAUUGACUAACACUCCACUACAGGUCCAGUCUUCAGCUACACCGGUGUUUUCAUCUGUGGACAAAACAAACGUGCUUUUAGUUCCCUUAAAAUAUCCCCUCCCUUAAGGUUUUAUGAACAGAAUCUAUUAAGGUCUGUGAGUGUUACAGGAAAAAAAAAAAAAAGGACAAAAAUACAGAUCAGGGCCACAACUAACAGUGGUGUCAUGUGUGGUGUUGCCUUCACCAUCGCCCCUCUGAUCAGCGUGGAAAGCUGGCGAUUGUUCGCUUAGAGUCCUCCUGGCAACAGACUGCUAAGGGGGGGGUGCUUUACGGGAGGGCUCCCUGCCUAGGAAGGCCGAAUUAAACCGGUUCCUAUUCCUCAA